AUGGAUGUGGUGAUCAUCGGGGCGGGCCCCUCAGGCCUUCUCCUGGCGCAUUAUCUGCUGGAGAAGGGGGCCGGGCGUUUCAGGAUUUCUCUAAACGAUGCUAGAGAAGAUCCCCGCAUCACUAUCAAGAGGCCUCCCACUGCCCGAAGAUACUCCAUUGGAAUCUCGAUGCGAGGCCGCAUGGCAUUGAAGGGCGUCGAUGGGCUCUGGGAAGCUAUCAAGGCUCGUGGCGUGGAAAUCGACCAUAUGAAUAUCUUCGUAAUGGGUCGCAUGAUCGAGCGGCCCCCCGCCAACAAGGGCGGCCAGCCGGUGAUGACGGACCGCACCUCGCUGUGCGCGGCCAUGCUAGAGCUUCUCGUGCAAAGGCACGGCAAAUCCGGUCUCCUGUCUCUACACUUCCUCCAUAAGUGUACCGGCGUUGACCUUGAUAAGCGCAUCGUCACCUUUUCGGACGUCCAAGAACACGAGGAUAUCCACAAUGGGGGGCUCAAAAUGCCCGGUAAUAAGGCCCCCGAGAAGCCGUCCCAGUCUGUGGCUACUUACGACUUGCUGGUCGGGGCGGACGGCGUGCGGUCGGUAGUGCGAGCGGCGUUCAUGCAGCAUCUGAGGAGUUUCGACUACGAGCAGCGCGAUCUUGGCUCCGAGUUGAUCAUCGCCAACAUUCCGCCCAUGCCGGCCGUUCCGCGGGACGUGGUCGUCAUGAUCGGCGGAAAGAAGGGCGGCCUCGGCGGACUCAUGCUCCCCAGCGCGCUCUCGCCCGAUGGCGAGACGUCGAUGUGCCUAAUCCUCAAGUGGGCGGACGGUGCGAGGCCGGCAGAGUGGUUCGCCCAAAAGAGCGCCGCGGAUGCCAAGCGCUUUCUCGAACGGACAUUUCCCUGGCUCCAGAUCCCCGAGGAGGCGGCCGGAAGCCUGCUCACACAACGGCCGUCGAAGAGCAUGCAGAUCAAGUGCAGUCAGUACCACGACUCGGACGGCGCGGCUGUGAUCAUGGGCGACGCCGCUCACGCUUCGGGCCCGAGUAUCGGGCAAGGUGUAAAUACGGCGUUUGGCGAUGCCGCGGCUCUAGCGUCGCUGCUUCUAAAGAUGGGGGAUCCCUCGGAGCUGCCCGCGGUCCUGGAGCGCUUCUCCGCGCUGCGAGUGUUGGAAGGUCACGCGCUCGUCGACCUGUCCGAGAGCCAGAACCCCGCGAGCAGCGCCACGGGCACCCUUAACAGCGUCCGAGUUAUCAUCCAGGGUCUUCUCCGUCGAUUCUUUCCCAAGUGGUUCGCGGGCCCUAUUAUUGCGAUGGCCGCCGGGCUCAAGCCGCUGACGGAGAUCUACGCAAUCCAUAAGGCUGCCGUGGAUUCCGUUCUCGAAGGGAACCGGAAGCACCGGACGGCUCUCCUGGAGCGGAGACACCGGGAGAAGCUCCAGGGGCUUGAAGCGUUGUUGCCCAACGGCACUGCGUCGGGACACGUGGCAGCAGAUCCGGGUCUCAAGAAGACGGCGUGACGAUGUUGCGUUGUCGGGUCCCAGGAAUUGGCUUGCGUGCUAUGCGUUGCAGUGCGUAGACUUUACGCUCACUGGAUAUGCCUGCUGAUCGCUACACUUCCGUACAUAGAUAAAGAUAUCCUGCGUCCUACUCCUCCGUUUUGUAAGUUUAGAACUUUGAAUAGGAUCACCGUCGUCUGUACAGAUCCCUUGCAAAUCCUGCUUUUGCUCGCGAGCGGCCUUGAGCUCUAGCACUGGUCCUGAACAUCAAAAACAAAGCUGCGUGUCGAUAGUCUUUGCGUAAGUAAGACAUUACCAAUCUACCUAACUCGCUCGCGUGAUGUCUGCAAAAUGGAGUCCAGCUACACCGCAAGAUCGGUACGUGUCAUGCAGAACGAUGGCUACAGUAGGUUUGGACGUUUACUCUGAAAUGCCAUAGGGCGGGGGUGACGGUGUAAAGAGCUUCCGACGCGGCGACAGCUACAAAUGAAUCCCGGCGGCCCACGUACGAGAUCUCUUUCCGUUUCAAAAGGAACUUGCAACUUUUGACGGCUGCAAUGCAUCGAGCUCCUUGC